AUGACGCCCACGAACAAUCCCCGCACAAAGAUACGCCGGUCCAGGCAAGGCUGUGCGGAAUGUCGCCGGCGGCAUCAGCGGUGUGACGAAGCCGUGCCAAUCUGCUCUUACUGCAGGGGUGCCGGUGUCACAUGUGUCUACACGCGCAACCUCAAUUGGGGUGGCCGCUCAUUUGAUAAAUCACGUUUUGGCGCUUGCCGGAACAAAGGGUCGGAGGUAGUGCAGAUCGCUUCGGACUGCGAUGGACCCGCGAAGGAUUGUGACCCUACCGAGACCAUGUCUUCGCCAACGAACCUUGAUCUUAUCAGUGAUAUCUCGAAAGGUCAGCAGGAGCAAGAGCAGCAUGAGGUGGACUCCUCUGGCACACUGACCGGCUUGCAAGGCCGCAAUGUCCUCCCGGAACUCACCAUAGUGCCAGUCCGGUUUCGGCCGCUGCUUGAUUACUUCCACGAUGCUGUCUCAAGAUCGUUAUCUUGUCAUAAAGGAAUUCAGCAUGACAUAUGCUCAUCACUAAUUCCCAUCGCGGUCCAAUCGUCCCACCUCUUGGCCGCCGUCCUGUGCGCGUCGGCCUGCCACCGGCGGUCUGCCGGCUUAGAACAGAGCCUAGACGAGAUCGGUCAUUUGCGAUCCACAGCGAUUCAGUCGCUCAAUAUUGCGCUAGUUUGCUCAGACCCACGUGAGACGGAGGCUGCUCUUGCCACCACGCUUGUUCUAUGCAUGAGUGAGAUUGUGUCCGUGGAGCCUCAGAAGGACACCUGGCGAUUGCACCUUUCAGGGGCUACCGCUCUUCUGAGGACGCUCGAGAGUGGGCAGGAAAAUGGCAGCCUCAAUACAUCCCUUGCCUACAUGAGGAGAUUCUACAUGUCACUGAAAGCCAUCGCUGUAAGCUGCGGCAUGGUGGAAGGUACGCAGUUCCUGGAUGAGCCGUCGGGUAGUGGCGACUACAUCGAUGAUCUCGCAGGAUUUUCAACGUCCCUGCUUCCAAUAUUCGACGCAAUCAACUGUUUGGACAUGCUAGAACAGAAGCGUGUGCCGAUUGAUCCGGAUGAUCUGAUCGAGAGAGUCCGCCAGAUGCUGAUCACCCGUAGCUCAACGCUCCGGUCGUCACUAGACCUCUCAGAACAAGCGCAGACGGACUUCUACCUACUUGACGAGGCGUACCAUCACAUGGCGUUGUUGCAGUUGUAUCAACGCUCGUCACAGCCCUCGGCUCUCGCACAAGUAUCCAUCCGUCGUGUCAUUUCUUGCAUCUCGGACAUGGAGAUAAACUCCGGGCCAUGCCCUGCAGUAGCGGCACUACCCCCUCUGUUUACCGUGGGUCGUGCGGCGACAUCGGCGACUGACCGUGCACGAAUACUCAAGUUACUUGAUACCGUAUGGACAGGUUUUGGGAUGGGCAAUGUUCUUGCUACGAGGGAGUACUUGGAACGAUGUUGGGAAGAGCCAGAGCAUGGAAUCGGCGAAAAAGGAAAUGAGGCUUGGGGAUUCUUGCCAUACUGA